AUGGCGCAAGCAGGUCCGGUGACGGACGUUGUACAGAGGCUCUUCACUGAGCUGAAGUCCAAAAACGAAGAAGCGCGUGUCAGAGCUUCCUAUGAGCUCUAUGACAAUGUCCUGACGGUUUCUCGAGAUUGGGCCCCGGAGAAAUUCCUCGAAUUCUAUAAUGCUGUUAGCCAGCGCAUCGCCCAACUAGUCGUUACGGGCAGCGACGCCAACGAGAAGAUCGGCGGUCUUUUAGCCCUCGACCGACUCAUCGAUUUCGAUGGGGUGGAUGCCGCACAAAAGACAACACGAUUUGCCAGUUAUUUACGAAGUGCGUUACGAAGUAACGAUAAUGCAGUUCUCGUCUAUGCUGCUCGAUCGCUCGGCCGACUAGCGAAACCCGGCGGUGCACUAACUGCAGAGCUCGUGGAGAGUGAGAUACAAUCGGCAUUGGAAUGGUUACAAUCAGAAAGACAAGAAAGCAGACGCUUUGCGGCGGUGCUGAUCAUACGAGAACUUGCCAAAGGAUCGCCCACUUUGCUGUAUGGAUUCGUGUCACAAAUAUUCGAUCUUGUUUGGGUCGCCCUCAGGGAUCCCAAAGUCCUUAUUCGAGAGACCGCCGCCGAGGCCGUAAGCGAAUGCUUCGAAAUAAUCGCAGCCCGAGAUGUUGGCGUGAAACAACAGUGGUUUGCGCGCAUAUACGAAGAGUCUUUACAGGGUCUCAGGUCCAGCAAUGUUGACUGGAUUCACGGCUCUCUCUUGAUACUGAGGGAGCUUCUUCUCAAAGGUGCCAUGUUUAUGAACGAGCACUACCGAAAUGCCUGUGAGAUCGUGCUCCGUCUGAAAGAUCAUCGAGACCCCAAGAUACGGACUCAGGUUGUCCGCACGAUUCCGAUCCUUGCUUCUUAUGCGCCAACCGACUUUACAAACAAUUACUUGCAUAGAUUCAUGGUCUACCUUCAAGCACAGCUCAAGAGGGAAAAGGAACGAAAUGCCGCUUUCAUUGCGAUCGGAAAGAUCGCCAACGCGGUCGGUGUUGCGAUUGGACAAUACCUAGACGCCAUAAUAGUCUAUAUUCGGGAAGGCCUGGCACUAAAAGCGAGAAAUCGUGCAGGCAUCAACGAAGAACCCAUGUUCGAGUGUAUCAGUAUGCUGUCGCUAGCAGUCGGCCAAGCUCUCAGCAAGUACAUGGAAGCUUUACUCGACCCAAUCUUCGCCUGCGGUUUGAGUGAGUCUCUUACUCAAGCCUUGGUGGAUAUGGCACACUACAUCCCUCCUAUCAAAGCCACGAUACAAGAGAAAUUGCUCGAUAUGUUGAGUAUCAUCCUGUGUGGCACACCUUUCAGACCGCUAGGAUGCCCGGAGAACCGAUUGCCACCCCUUCCUUCAUUUGCCAAAGAUUUCACACCACAGGAGCUUCACUCGGAUACAGAAGUUGCCUUGGCUUUACAUACAUUAGGCAGUUUUGACUUUUCUGGUCAUAUACUCAACGAAUUUGUUCGAGACGUCGCCAUCAGAUACGUUGAAAGCGACAACCCAGAGAUUCGCAAAGCCUCUGCCUUGACUUGUUGUCAGCUUUUCGUUCACGACCCCAUCAUCAACCAAACGAGCAGCCACUCUAUACAGGUUGUUGGUGAAGUUAUUGAUAAGUUGCUUACUGUGGGGGUUGGCGAUCCCGAUCCUGAAAUUCGCCGUACAGUUUUGUUGUCUUUAGACCGCAAGUUUGACCGUCAUUUAGCCAAGCCAGAGAAUAUUCGAUGCUUAUUUCUGGCUGUUAAUGACGAGGUCUUUGCUGUGCGUGAGGCGGCCAUCAGUAUCAUCGGACGUCUUUCCAGUGUCAACCCAGCAUAUGUCUUCCCUCCUUUAAGAAAGCUUCUUGUCAAUCUAUUGACAGGACUUGGAUUCGCUAGCACAGCGCGACAGAAAGAAGAGAGUGCGCAACUCAUCAGCCUUUUCGUUGCCAAUGCGACCAAACUUAUAAGAUCAUACGUGGACCCCAUGAUCACUUCCUUACUGCCCAAGACCACUGAUCCCAGCGCGAAUGUGGCAUCGACAACUUUGCGAGCCAUCGGAGAGCUCGCAAAUAUCGGUGGCUCCGAAAUGAAAACAUAUAUACCACAGCUUAUGCCCAUAAUUCUAGAUUCUUUGCAAGAUCUCUCAUCACAUGCGAAACGGGAAGCCGCCUUACGAACACUGGGUCAACUAGCCAGCAACUCCGGCUAUGUGAUUGAACCAUAUAUGGAGUAUCCACAACUACUUGCUGUCUUGAUCAAUAUCAUUAAGACUGAACAGGCUGGGUCACUGCGCAAGGAAACCAUCAAGCUGCUGGGUAUCCUAGGAGCCCUUGAUCCUUACAAAUAUCAACAAAUCAGUGAAAUCUCACCUGAUGUUCGUUAUAUCAAUGAAGUGCAACCCAUCUCAGAUGUCGCUCUCAUCAUGCAGGGCCUGACACCGUCCAGUGAGGAAUACUAUCCUACAGUGGUCAUCAAUACUUUGCUGCAAAAUAUACUACGGGAGAACUCCUUAGCUCAAUACCACUCCGCUGUUAUCGACGCCAUUGUCACGAUAUUCAAGACCCUUGGUUUGAAAUGUGUAUCGUUCCUUGGGCAAAUCAUUCCAGGCUUUCUUGGGGUGAUCAGAAGCUCGCCGGUUGGCCGACUAGAGUCAUAUUUCAACCAGCUUGCUAUUCUUGUUAACAUUGUUCGCCAACACAUCCGUGCUUUUCUUCCCGAAAUCAUCGACACCAUCCGCGAUUAUUGGGAUUCCAAUCAUCAAGUACAGGCUACGAUUCUCUCUUUGAUUGAGGCAAUCUCCACGGCACUUGAAGGAGAAUUCAAGAAGUACUUGGCCGGAUUGAUUCCUUUGAUGUUGGACACUCUCGAGAAGGAUAUCUCUCCGCGCCGACAGCCAUCCGAACGCAUCCUACAUACUUUCCUCAUCUUCGGCUCUAGCGGCGAAGAGUACAUGCACCUAGUUGUUCCAUCUAUUGUGCGCCUCUUCGAUAAGGUUCAAAAUCCUCUUAAUAUUCGCAAAUCUGCCAUUGAGACUUUGGGCAAGUUAUCUCGAGAAGUUAAUGUGUCCGACUUUGCCUCGCUCAUGAUCCACUCCUUAUCUCGAGUUAUUGCAAGCAAUGACCGCACGCUUCAAAAGGCCGCUAUGGACUGUAUUUGUGCUCUUAUCUUCCAACUCGGACAAGAUUUCACUCAUUACAUACAACUCAUCAACAAGGUCAUGAAGCAACAUCAAGUCACUAAUUCUUCGUACGAAUCAUACGUCGUCAAAUUGCAAAAGGGCGAGUCUCUCCCACAAGAUCUGACUCUUCACGAAAAUUACCGAACUCUAGCGGAUGAUACCAAUUAUGCAGAGAUAGGACAGAAGAAAAUGCAAGUGAAUCAACAACAUCUCAAGAAUGCAUGGGAUGCCUCACAAAAAUCAACCCGCGAGGAUUGGCAGGAAUGGAUUAGGCGCUUCAGCGUGGAACUUUUGAAAGAGUCUCCCUCGCCAGCUUUAAGAGCAUGCGCUAGUUUGGCUGGUAUCUAUCAACCUCUCGCUAAGGAUUUGUUCAACGCUGCCUUUGUUUCAUGCUGGACGGAACUUUACGAUCAGUACCAAGAGGAACUUGUGCGAUCCAUUGAAAAGGCUUUGACAUCUCCAAACAUACCCCCAGAAAUCCUUCAGAUUCUACUCAACCUCGCAGAGUACAUGGAGCACGAUGACAAGGCUCUCCCAAUUGAUAUCCGAACCCUAGGACGGUACGCAGGCAAGUGCCACGCAUUCGCCAAAGCGCUUCACUACAAGGAACUAGAAUUCGAACAAGACCAGAACUCUAGCGCUGUAGAGGCUUUGAUUACGAUCAAUAACCAACUUCAGCAAUCUGAUGCAGCCAUUGGUAUUCUCCGUAAAGCUCAAGCAUAUCGCGAUGUUGAGCUCAAAGAAACCUGGUUCGAGAAGCUGCAGCGUUGGGAAGAAGCACUUGCAGCUUAUAAGCGACGUGAAAAACAAGACCCAGAUUCCUUCGGUAUCACAAUGGGCAAGAUGCGCUGUCUACACGCUCUUGGAGAGUGGAAACUCCUCUCUGACCUAGCACAGGAGAAAUGGAAUCAAGCAUCAGUGGAACAUAGGCGAGCAAUUGCACCACUAGCUGCUGCGGCUGCUUGGGGUCGUGGUCAAUGGGACCUCAUGGACUCUUAUCUGGGUGUUAUGAAAGAGCAUACUCCUGAUCGAUCCUUCUUCGGGGCUAUUCUAGCCAUCAACCGCAAUCAGUUUGAAGAAGCGGCACAUUACAUUGAAAAAGUUCGUAAUGGAUUGGAUACUGAGCUUUCGGCUCUUCUAGGAGAAUCUUACAACCGAGCAUAUGAUGUCGUCGUGCGAGUACAAAUGCUUGCCGAGCUUGAAGAAAUCAUCGUUUUCAAGCAGAACGUCGGUGAUCCCGAGAAACAGCAAGCGAUGCGUGAGACAUGGAACAAGAGACUUCUCGGCUGUCAGCAGAACGCAGAGGUGUGGCAACGAAUGCUCAAGGUACGACAACUUGUCAUACCGCCGCAUGAGAACAUGGAUAUGUUGAUCAAAUACGCCAAUUUGUGCCGUAAAUCGAACCGCAUGGGCAUUGCUGAACGUACCUUGGCAUCUCUUGAAACCGAGAUUUCAGGGCCUAAUGGCAUUGAAACUGUGGUGCCACCAGAGGUCAAAUAUGCACGUUUCAAGUUUGCGUGGGCUCAAGGCCACCAAGUUGACGCUUUGCAAUCACUCAAAGAGUUCACUUCUGCACUUGCAGAUGAUCUCACACGGUACAAUGCCCUGCUUGCAAAUCAUACUGAUCAUGACGGCACAAAUGGAGUCAAUGGCAUGCUUGACAAUAACCCCGAUGUCAAUCACCUUCGGUCGAGAAUUGGAGAUGUGACAAAACUGAAAAAGCUUCUGGCCAAGAGUUAUUUGAAACAGGGAGAAUGGCAGACGGCUCUACAAAGCGGUGACUGGCGACCACAACAUGUUCGGGAAGUGCUGAAUGCGUACUCGGCAGCGACACAAUACAAUCGCGACUCUUACAAAGCCUGGCAUUCUUGGGCUUUGGCCAACUUUGAGGUUGUUACUACGCUGGCUGCUCAGCAGAGUCGUGACGGUUCCUCGGUUCCUGGUCAUAUUAUCAAUGAGCAUGUUCUUCCAGCGAUUCGCGGCUUCUUCCGUUCGAUCUCAUUGUCCUCUACAUCCUCACUACAGGACACCUUGAGAUUGCUUACGUUGUGGUUCACAUAUGGAGGGGACACAGAUGUCAAUAGUGUUGUGACCGAGGGCUUUGCUUCGGUGAAUAUCGACACCUGGCUUGCAGUCACACCACAACUGAUUGCCCGUAUCAACCAGCCCAACACCAAGGUUCGCACCGCAGUCCAUCGCCUCCUGGCUGAAGUUGGCAAAGCUCAUCCCCAAGCGCUCGUGUACCCUGUGACUGUCGCCAUCAAAUCCAACGUCGCACGACGGUCUCAAUCAGCCACCUACAUUAUGGAAAGCAUGAGACAGCAUAGUGCGAAAUUGGUUGAACAAGCCGAUGUUGUCAGUAAUGAACUGAUCCGUGUUGCUGUUUUGUGGCACGAGCUUUGGCAUGAGGGUCUCGAGGAAGCAUCACGAUUGUAUUUCGGCGAUCAUAACGUGGAAGGAAUGUUUUCCACGUUGGCUCCUCUUCAUGAGUUGCUUGACCGAGGUGCUCAGACGUUGAGAGAGGUGUCUUUUACGCAAGCAUUUGGUCGUGAUUUGGCUGAGGCUAGACAAUAUUGCCUCCUGUAUCGUGAGACUGAAGAGCUUGGUGAUUUGAACCAGGCUUGGGAACUUUAUUACAAUGUCUUCCGCAAGAUUGCCCGUCAAUUACCUCAACUUUUAACACUUGAUCUCAAAUAUGUAUCGCCAAGACUAAAGGAGGUAUCGGAUCUUGAUCUGGCCGUGCCAGGAACAUUCCAUCCAGGCAGGCCGAUCGUCAGAAUCAUGAGCUUUGAUCCUAUCUUGCACGUUCUUCAGACCAAGAAGCGUCCACGAAGAAUGACACUCAAGGGAAGUGACGGCAACUCUUACAUGUACGCUCUCAAGGGACACGAAGAUAUCCGACAGGAUGAACGUGUAAUGCAGCUCUUUGGUCUAGUGAACACACUUCUAGACAACGACAGCGAGAGCUUCAAACGACAUCUAUCCGUUCAACAAUUCCCGGCUAUACCAUUGUCACAAAAUUCGGGUCUUAUCGGCUGGGUUUCCAACAGCGACACAUUGCACGCGCUAAUCAAGGAAUACCGAGAAAGCCGCCGUAUCUUGCUCAACAUCGAGCAUCGCAUCAUGCUGCAAAUGGCACCCGAUUACGAUAAUCUUUCCUUGAUGCAAAAGGUCGAGGUCUUUGGCUAUGCUAUGGACAAUACAACAGGCAAAGAUCUCUACCGCGUUCUUUGGUUAAAGAGCAAGAGUUCAGAAUCCUGGCUCGAGCGACGAACCAAUUACACGCGUUCCUUAGGUGUUACGUCAAUGGUCGGAUAUAUUCUUGGUCUUGGAGAUAGACAUCCUUCCAACCUUUUGCUUGACCGACUUACGGGUACUGUUGUGCAUGUUGAUUUCGGCGACUGCUUUGAGAUUGCAAUGCAUCGGGAGAAGUAUCCAGAAAGAGUGCCGUUCCGUCUUACACGUAUGUUGACGUUUGCUAUGGAAGUCAGCAACAUUGAGGGAAGCUAUCGCAUUACCUGUGAGGCUGUUAUGCGUGUCAUUCGGGAGAACAAGGACUCGUUGAUGGCUGUGCUUGAAGCUUUUAUUCACGAUCCUCUGAUUAACUGGCGUCUCGGAACUCGCGAGUCACCUGAAAGACCAUCAUUCUCCACUGUUGACCGUCGCCAAUCGAUCGUGGAUGAUGUCAACCUAGAACACGGUAUUCAGCCAAGCAACUUCACCCGUCAUCGCCGGGCAUCCAUCUUAGAGGGUGGAGGCAUACUCGACGCACCACAGGGCGUUGCAAACGAGGCUCGCGAAGCACAGAAUGCUCGCGCUUUACAGGUCCUCGCUCGUGUCAAGGAGAAACUCACCGGACGAGACUUUAGACCCAACGAAGAACUGAAUGUAAGCGAUCAAGUCGACAAACUUCUGGCGCAGGCAACUAGCGUUGAGAACAUCUGUCAGCAUUGGAUUGGAUGGUGCAGCUUCUGGUAG